GUUCGUCUUUACCCAGUUACGCCGCACGCUCUUCUUCCUGUAUUAUGUUUGGUGCAGCGGCUGGGGUUAAGCGCGCUCGCAAAAACUCUUAAAAUAUGCUGGAAAUGAAGUGACUCGUAUCAAAAAGAAGACGAUGAUGUACGGUCACGUCUUGUAGGAGUAGCGUCCUGUGGCAGUGGUUUGCGAUUUAGACUCCAACGCUGGUGUUCCCAUUAGCUAAGCUACAUGUUACAAGUACAAGGAGUCUGUAUCGGCAGCUGCUAGUACUGAUUAACCUAGGGCAGAGAGAUAACUGGAUUACAAGACGGAAAGAACCUGGUCUUUCCAAAAUGUCGUGGUUCAACCAUGUUGAUCAAGCCUCACUUCAGCAGCAACAAACGCAACACACUGACGGACACAGACUGAAUGACAACCCCGGAUUCAGAGGUCCAACUGGAGGACCACCAUUCAUGGCAUCACAACAUUGGACAGGCUUCCCCGGCACCCCCAGCACGGAUGACUUCCCUUCAGCUCCACAGGGUGUAGUCAAUCCUCCAAGUCUCGAGAAGCUUUCCUGUGCUUCACCCAGUGCAGGUCAGGUGGGAGACCCGGAGCCCAUCUCCUAUGUGAGUCUCCAGGAGCAGCGGUGUGUCCUGAGCUGGUUUAAGGGUUGGAGCUCCACUCAGAGGGAGAGGUUCCUGCAGGAUCUCCUGGGAAAAGCUGUACCUGGGAAAGUGUGCACCCUCCUAGAUUCACUCAGUACCCUUCAGGUACUUUCUCUGCCUUUUAAGCAGAGUUGUUUAAUGUUUGUAUAUGUUAUACAGUUGUGUUGUGUUGUAUGAUGUACUCUGAUUGGUCAUUACAUAGCUACAGUUUAUAGCACGGCUCUGUUAUUUUUAGAUAGCAGACCAGUUUUAUCACAAAGAAUCUGUUGCAAAGCAGCUCAAAUCACAGACUAAAGAUAACUAAUAUAACUAACACAAGUUACACAAUUUUGUUGAUGGUGAAGUAGGUGACCAUACCUGCAUGAUAAGUGAUGGAGACAGUCUUUCUUGACUAGGGUGGCCAAACUGGGGCACUGACUUUUGAAGUUUUUCACCUUGAAUGACUCCUAUUUUCACUUAAAAUAAGAAAAAAAAAGGUUAAAGAUGUCCCUUCAUAAACACCACGUAUCCUAUACAGUUUACCACUCAGUGUUUUCUCCAUAUGAAGUCUCCAGUUUUGUAGAAAUUCUGCAGUUCCUUGAAUGGACACAUCAGGCUGGCGCAAAAGAAAUCACUGUUAAUGCCCAACUAUAAGGCUAGGGUAUUAGUUAUUGUACAUUUUCACAACAUAAUACAAUACAGGAACUUUAUUGAUCCCCAAAGGGAAAUUCAUUUCUAAGGGGCACAGCUGGGCUCGGUAACAGGUGGCCUGUUGGAGCUGUUUGUCAGGUAGCUAAAACCCCUCUUUCCUUGUGUCAAGGCUGAGGAAAAGUACAGGUGUCAAAAUCUACAAUUUGACUCCAUAACAUGAGGCUUUAAAUGCCUCUUUGAAAACCACUGGGUGAUGUAUAGGAUAAGUCUGUGUUUCAUUCAGUUUAUUUAUUUUCUGCACUUCCUCCACAGGUCUCCUCUCAUGUCUUUUAAACAAUCAUCAAAUUAACCAGAUUCAAAUCAAGCCUUUGGCAGGUUUUCACCACAUGAGUCUUGUGGCUAUAAAAUAUUACGACAAUGAUAUUAUUGAAAUAUUUAUGGAAAACUUGAAAUUUGAAACACAACAAAAAGCAACAUGAUGUAUGCACAAAUAAAUAUUAUGUCCAUAAAUGUGACUGAUGAACACAGAUAACUCAUGUUGUCAUUAUUUCCAAUUAUCUUAAAAUUUAUGAUUUAUCUUCAUCCGUGGCGUGUAACUGGAACUUUUUUAGAGAAGACAUCGCCUCAUAAACAAUUGUUUGGCAUGCUUUUAUUUAGACAUGUUUUCUGUCUUGCAUUUUGGUUGCUUUAUUUCCUGCAUUGUAAAACCAUGGUUUUAUUUCAAAGUAAGUUGUGGGACUGAAUGAUAACAGUAAAGUACAGGAAGUAUACAAUUUCAAUUAAUUAGCGUAUCGAAGAGGCACAAGUUCCAACACUGCAUUUGGAUUUAUAAAAAAAUAAUGCAAUUAUAAUUUUUUUUAUAACUGUGAAGUAUUGCUCAGGGAGCUGCUUUAAGCUAGUUCACAGGCAGUCAGCUGUUACAUCUUCAUCUCGCCUCUGUUUUGUGAUGUGUGGGUACCAGCGUAAAGGAACUCAGGCUAUGACAUUUUCCUUAUGUUAAGCAUCGUAUAAUUUUUAAAUAUUUUGAUAAAGAUGGUUACCAUCAAUCUCAGUAACCAAUUUCACCUUACUUUAUAUCCCUAAUUGUUGCACUCUCUCCCUCUUUCUUUGUAUUCUGACCAGGUAAAAGACAGACUACCAAACAUCUUUGAAUGCCAGCUGCGCCUGUGGACCCAGUGGUUCGAGUCUUGGGGAGAAGAGGAGAGGAACCAUUUUCUUCACAUGCUGGAGGAGUGGGACCCAGUUUUUGUUGCUCACUUUUACAGAUGUGUAGCUGGCACAGCAGGAAGAGACUGAGCAAUGUUUACACUUUGAUAGGGUGAAGAUAAAACAAUGUGUUUCGUCAGGUCAUAAGAUGUGGGUAAUGUGCUAAGACUGAAGAUAGUUCUCUUGCAGGAGAUGUUGGUGUGAAUGUGAUGGACCACAUGAACAGGGUAGCCAUAAGGUCAGAUUGUGAAUCUCCAGUGCUAUUUUACUUUUAUUCUGCUGGGUUUCAGGUUCAAUUGCAUACAUGUCAGUGCUUUCACAUUGAUCAGCAACUGAAAAGACAAUAAACUGUUAAAAUCUGGAGAGUCUAAGUACUUACACUGUGACAUUGUAGCAUAAAGCAUUAAACCACCUCCUAGCUAAUGAAGCUGUAAAAUUGGGUUUUAACUUAAAAUGUGAUAUUUUCUGUCAUAUCCCAUUAAUCCUGUGUUAAACUGUGAUGUUAUUAUUCAGUGUUAGCUUGGUGGUGUUCAAAUGCUAACAGAAACCUUGUAAGAUGAGUUUUCAUGAGCUCUCAAUAUGCAUAUUUUUUUUGUUACUGUAGUUUGGUCUCAGAAUUUCAGCAGUUUUCUUCCAUUUACGUUGGCAUUAAUUUGGAAGCUAUCAAUCACCAACACCAAAAUAUCCUAUGUGCACAUAACUUUUAACCAGGAGGACUUCAAUUUAACCUAAAAAACAGCUGUCUGGGUUUCCCACAUCAACCAAGACAUGAAAUGAUUGGCAUUCAUUGUUUUUUUGUAAAAACAGAGGCAUCUAGCCUAGCAGUUUUAGCACCCCACAUGUUAAGGCUUUAGUCCCCAUGCAGUAGUUGCUGAUUUGAGUCCUAGCCUCGACCCUGUGCUGCAUGUCUUCCCCAGCUCUCCCCUCCCCAUAUUUCCCGUCUCUCUUAAUCAGUCCUGUCAUUUAAAGGCAAAAAUGCCCCAAAAUAUAACUUAAAAAAAAAGAUACAUCAUUCAGUAAAAGCUGCUUCUGAUCUGUUCUUUUAACUGGCCCCACAAUGAUAAAGUCAUUCGUUCCAGUUCUUUCAAAAUAACUCAGAAUAUCUUGCUCGAUGCUCCUGUUAUGGCAUUGUGCCAUUGGGGUUUGAAACUAAUUGAAGAUUAUUGCUCUUUUUUUUUACUGGGCUUAUUGGGUUUAUACCCAAAAUUUGGAUUCCUUUUUUAAAAUCCCCCAAAAAACAAAAUAAAAGAAUUGUUGUUUAUUUGUUGUCAUGUUAAUGUCUGAAUAAUCCAGCAGCAGAAAUAAUAAGUAUUUGAGAGAAUGACUCUGCUGUCACAGAGAUUUUUCAAGACUACCUCUUUGGAGGUCAUAAAUGCCAUACGUAGUGAAGAUUUUACACAUAAAACAUGAAUUUUCUUUCUUCUAUUCCAACCAGUCAACUGAUCCAGGAGUAUGUAACACCAUUGGAGUCUGACUUUCAACAUCCUCAACACAAAAACCGAUGAAUGGGAAGACUUUGCCUGAAAAUUUUUGACUCACAAAAGAGUAUAUAUGAGACCUGGCCUCGGGGUCAAAAAAUGAGAUCUGUCCCUCUUUAUAGUCCAGCAAAAUACCAAGUGAAAGAGGCCUCGUCUGAAGAGGAAGACGAACAUUUAAUCUGUCCUUAGCUAUGUACUGACCCUGCCUGUCCUGGAUUAUGGUCCAGUAACCAUUUGAAGGCCUGAAUUUUAUUGUCCCCCUUCUUUUAGCUGAUUCACUGGCCAUCCCAAUGUGGUAACAAAGUCUCCCAGCCACAGAAACCUCCCAGUAAUGCCUGCCAGAUGAGAAACCAGUAGAGCCCAGGACAGCCAGAGAGACGUCGUAUCGGCCUGGUUGAUCAGCCACAUCUUGAUUUUCCGCAUCAAUGUUCAAUUCAGUGUUGUUUCGAGACAGAAUGAUUCUUUUGUGUGCUGUGUCUGGAUCCAUGUUUAUCGUCUCUGUAAACACAGAAAUGGCACAUGGACUGAUCAUUGAAGCAUUUGGUCAAAACUGAAAUGGCAAAGGCUUAGCAAUCUAAAUUUUAAUCGUAUUUUAGGGUUUUUUGCCAAAACACGGCUCUAAACUACAUUAGUAAAAUGUAACUGCCUGACAUCUUUUGUUGGACCCUCCAUAUCCAACUAACUAUCUGGUGGUCUUCUCGUGUAGCAGGCUAAAAAUAAGCCAGAAUUGUUUCAUAUUCUUGCAGGCAAAGGGUUAGUUUUACAGAGUUAAAAGAGCUUGGUUUGUGAAAAGCACAAUGAGUUUCAUUCUAAACAUACUGAGUUAAAGAUCAGACAAUUCCCAAGAGACUAAUUUACUUACAAGCAAACUUUUAUUUUUGUUGCCACUAGCCAAAGCCUACUUUUCAGACAUGUAGGCUUGAUCAAACUUUGUAUACAGUCCAUCAUAGUACUAACUUGAGUAAGUAGCUCUAAUGUGUAAAGUUCAGAGUGCCCCUUCAAAGUUAAGCAUACUGCUCCAACUAUACUGUAUUUCUCUCUCUCAGACUCUACCUCACCAAGCCUGCAGUUUACAGUGUUUGAUAAAGAGUGUCUGUUAUUGGUCAUCGAGUUAGAAAAUUACAUUUAUUUAGCAGAAGUGAAAUGAAUGAACAUCGAAGAAAUUUCAGCCAGAGAAUUUGAGAAAUAUCUUAUAAACUCACCUCCAUGGAUCAUAUUUUCCAACACACCUGCCACUUUCUCCCUCAGUCCUGAAAAGAUAGAAAGAUCACAGAUAAAAAUUAACUCUAUAUCAACUUGUUCUGUUCUGUCUGCUUUAAAAAUCUGCAAUCAUUGAACAGACUUUCAAAAAACCACCCCUAGACCCUGAUGCAUUAAAAAUUUUUAGACCUAUUUCCAACCUGCCAUUCCUCUCCAAGGUUCCAAAAAAGUGGUUGCAAAUCAGUUAAUGACACACCUGAUUAGUAAUUCACCUUUGAAGACUUUUCGCUAGACCACACCACAGAGACUGCUCUGCUUAGAGUAAUAAAUGAUUUACUGAUGGCUGCAGAAAGUGGUAAAUCUUUGAUUUUAGUCCUUUCAGACUUAAGUGCUGCAUUUAAUACUGUUGACCAUUUGAUUCUGCUUCAACGUCUUGAACUCUGGGUUGAUGUCUCUGGAUCAGCUUUGAAUGGUUUUAUUUUUAUUGAACAGGGAGGUCUUUUAGUGUUGUCAUUACCAACUCACUGUCAUCCAGUGCUAAUUGGUCUUGUGGGGUGCCUCAGGGGUCAGUUCUGGGUCCAUUCCUGUUUUUAAUUUAUAUGUUGCCCCUUGGACAUGUAAGCCAUAGACACUGCAUUGAUUUUCACUUUUAUGCUGAUGAAACCCAGCUUCAUCUCUCUUUUGGCUAUGACAACCCAUAUCACAUCUCCUUACUUUCUAACCAACCUUAAAAACUGGAUGGCCCACAGGAUUCUCCAGCCAAACAUGAACACCACAAAGGAAAUCAUAACUGGCCUAGACACUGCACACACCCAUAUCACUGAACAUGUAGAGCCUCUCUCAGCAGACAUUUUUGACAGCUGCAAAACUUUUGGAGUCAUUUUGAUAACAACCUCAAUCUGGAGAAGCAUGUCAAAUUCAUUGGUUCAAUCAUGUUUUUAUGGCUCAGGAGACUUUCCAAAAUAAGUCAUUUGCUUUCCUGAGAACACCUUGACACAAUCAUAUAUGUCUUCAUCUCCUCUCGCCUGGACUACUGUAAGUCCCCAGAUUCCUGUCUACCACAGCAGAGACUUAAACUAUAACUAGUCCAUUCACAAGCUCCCGGUUAAUCUUUGUGUUGAUUUCAAGAUCUAAAUGAUAACCUUUAAAGCACUAUCCGGAUACGACUUGAAGCACAUUGCUAAUCUCCUCAAACCUUACAAACCUGGUCAUACCCUGAGGUCCUUAGCCAAGGGUCUGCUGGUUAUUCCUCAGUCCGGGCUGAGGACCAAGAGGUACCAAGCUUUUUCUGUUGGGGCUCGCGCUCUCUGGCACAAACUGCCCGAGGAAAUCAGACUGGCAAGUUCCUUAUCCUCUUUUGAAACUUGUUAAAAAAAAACAUUUUUAUAUGUGUGCUCUUACUGGAUAUGAGUUUUAACUCAGCUCUGAGCUCUCAAUUUUGAAUAAAGUCUAAUUUUUUUACACUUAUUUUAUUUAUUUAUUUUAUUAUUAUAAUCAUUAUUACUUUUUUUUUUACUGAUUUUAAAAACUUUUAACAUGGUUUAAUCUUUUAUUGAAUUCUAUAUUAUUCCUAUUGACUGAUUGUUUUGGAAAUGGUAUUCAUGUCUGCUGCUGUAUAUUCUUCCUCUCCUUCUGUUUGAAACUCUGUUUUGAAUAGUGCUAUAUAAAUAAAGUUAUUAUUACUCUGUA